AUGAGCGUUUCCGACACUGCCCUCACGGAUUUCGAGUCAAUUAGAUCAGACAAUUCUGCCGGUUCGAGUGCAAAUACCAUCGAAAUCCCGCUACGCGGGGGUGACGAAGUCAUUGAACUGGACAUAAAUCAGUUGCCUGAUGGGGAGGAGGUUAUCAACAUUCUUACUCAGGAGGUUGCUCCACUUCCUGUUUGGAUCAACAUCGCUUUGGCCUAUUACAAGAAGAAGCUCUUUGACGACUUUGAAAAGGUUCUUGAGGAGGCCAAGCAAAAUGUCUCGAAUCUGCAGCCCUACAACGAGAUGGAUUUCCUCCAUCUGCUGGACAUGCUAGCUAUCUUCUGUGAAAAGCGUACACAGUUGAUUGCGAGGGCAGCUACCCUGUUUACUUCUGGUGAUAGAAUAACAAUGUACGAGCAAAAGCACCUUCUGGGACGUGCAUUUUAUUUCAUUCACGAGGGCGAAAAGUUGAAUCAAGCUGAUAAUCAACUGAAUUUUGUGCUGAAUCAAGGGUCGCCGGUUGUACAGGCCUAUCUAGGCAAAGCCUGUAUUGCUUUUAACAGACAGGAAUAUAGAAAUGCUUUGGCUUUUUAUCGCAAGGCCUUACGGCUUCAGCCAAACUGCUCGCCAUCGGUGCGUUUGGGAAUCGGACAUUGUUUUGCGCGCCUUGGCAAUUCUCAGAAGGCAAGGUUAGCAUUUCAGAGAGCUUUGGAUUUGGAUGUCGAGAGUGUUGAGGCUCUCGUCGGACUGGCGGUCCUAGAUCUAAAUGAAAAGACUCAGGAGUCGAUUAAGCAGGGUGUUCAGAAGCUAUCAAAGGCCUACAAUUUGGAUCCCACGAAUCCCAUGGUUCUGAACCAUUUGGCAGACCAUUUCUUUUACAAAAAGGAAUAUGAUAAGGUUCAUCAGCUUGCGAUGCAUGCCUUCCACAACACAGAGAACGAGGCGAUGCGUGCUGAGAGCUGCUAUCAGAUGGCUCGAGCUCUUCACGUUGAGGGAAACUAUGACAAAGCCUUUCAGUACUACUAUCUGGCCACCCAGUUUGCCUCUCCCAACUUCCUCCUUCCUUUCUACGGUCUUGGUCAAAUGUACCUCCACCGCAAUGACCUCGAGCACGCGGCUAUUGCUUUUGAGAAGGUUUUGAAGGCCUAUCCGAACAAUUACGAGACAUUGAAGAUCUUAGGCAGUCUCUACGCCCAAUCCAACAAGCUGGAGAAGCGGGCUCAGGCUAAGCAACUGUUUAAACAGGUGACAGAAAGUCAGCCGGAUGAUGUGGAGGCGUGGAUUGAAUAUGCACAGUUGUUAGAAAACGAUACAUCGGGAGCUCUGAGUGCCUACUUAAACGCACUCAACAUUCUUGAAAAUGUUCAAUUGGAGGUGUCUCCCGAGAUUCUCAACAAUAUUGGCGUCCUCUACUUUAUGAAGGGUGAACACAUUAAAGCUGAUACCUUUUUAAAUCGAGCCUACGACCGGAUUCGUGAGGAGCAGCUGCAGGAGGAGGAGGCGGCUGGUGGAAUGGAUGGUGAGGGACGGGUCUCUCACCUCCAAUAUCCUGCUCCCCUGAUGAGCACAAGUACUGCCAACGCAAUUUUGGAAUUGCAUCGCCGCACUACCACUAUAGGUAGUGGUGAUUCUGCUUCUGCAUCAGCUGGCGGUGGUGACAACUACUAUCAUGACCUUGCUGUCACUGUGCGUUACAACCAAGCUCGUCUGCAUGAAGCCAUGAACCGUCCUGAUCUCGCAGAAGCGGCUUACAAGUCUAUUCUCCUUCAGCAUCCCACCUACGUGGACUGCUACAUGCGCCUGGGCUGCAUAGCUCGCGAUCGAGGUCAACUUCGCGACGCUUCUCUGUGGUUUCGCGAGGUGCUUGAGGUGAAUCCCGACCAACCGGAUGCUUGGAGUCUUCUGGGCCAGUUGCAUCUCUCCCGCGGUGAGGUGGAGGCAGCCCAGCGCAAGUUUGAACGCAUCAUUCGUCAGCCCAAGUAUCGCGCUGAUGCCUACUGUCGCAUUACUCUGGGCAAUGUGUGGCUUCGUAGUCUCCAUCAUCAUCAUUAUCACAAUCGUUAUAAUGCCAACGCCAAUCAGACACAGCAACAACAGCAGCAACAGGGUCGAGACAAAGACCGGCGGCGUCGACAUGAGGAAAGAGCACUGUCCUGCUAUAAGGCAGUGUUGAGUGCAGACCCGCGCAACAUUUGGGCCGCCCACGGUAUUGGCUGCGUGCUGGCACACAAGGGUUUCAUCAACGAGGCGCGCGAUGUGUUCGCUCAGGUGCGAGAGGCAACUGCGGAUUUCCCCGAUGUGUGGAUGAAUAUCGCACACGUCUACGUUGAGCAGAAGCAGUAUACAGCGGCUAUUCAGAUGGUGCGUGAGUGUACAGACACGCUCUACCUUUGA